CGUUUCACGAGUGGCCUCGGCGUCCAGUCAUGGACUAAGCCUCUGCCACUUAUCCAACAUCGCCCCGUGCUCCCUCUCGCCACGGCUGUCCAGACGACAUCGUCUGCGCCGCGGCUCGGGGCGGCGCCAUGCCCGCCGCCGCUCUCCUCCCGCUCGCCCCGUCGCCGCUUCACCCGAACCAGCGGCGGCAGCUCUCCCGCUGCGGGGCCUCGCGCCGCUGCUUCACCAUCCACACCGCCGUCGCCAUUGCCUCCGCCGCCGCCGCCUCGGCAGCGGCCGCGGAGGCCGAGGCGCCGCCAGCGCAGGCGUCUCCCUCCAAGCAGGGGUCCCCGGUGCUGGGCGGCAUCGCGAACACGAGGUCGUGGUCGCAGUUCUACGGCAGCGGCUUCUCCAUCCGCGUGCCGCCGUCCUUCGACGACAUCCUCGAGCCCGAGGACUACAACGCCGGGAUGACAUACUACGGCGAUAAGGCCAAGCCCCGGGCGUACGCGGCCCGCUUCGUGUCUCCAGAUAGGGAGGAACUCAUAAGCGUGGUGAUUAAGCCGUCAAAUCAGCUCAAGAUCACAUUUCUAGAGGCAAAAGACAUAACUGACUUGGGCACCCUAAAGGAGGCAUCGAAGAUAUUUGUACCUGCUGGUGCAAAAGUGUUCUCAGCUCGAACAAUUAAAGUUAAGGACGAGGAGGAUAUUAGAACAUAUUACUUCUAUGAAUUUGGUCUGGACAAGCAACAUGUUGCUCUAAUGGCUACCGUGAAUAGUGGGAAGACAUACAUCGCCGGUGCUACCGCUCCAGAGACAAAAUGGGAUGACGAUGGUGUGAAGUUACGUUCCGCCGCUGUAUCUCUGUCCGUUUCAUGAUUCUGCAAAUACAGGACACCGAAAAGGAUUAUGCUACAGCUUCGGGUUCAGCAGCAUGCAUAGAGGGAUCGAUCGUUACUGAGCUGUACUGUCCUAGUCAUCGAGAGAAGGUAAAUAGUUGUAGUGUCGGCAACAGCAACAAAAGCAUAAUUUUUGUUAUGCAUAUAGAUAUAUAUCAUAUUUACGUGCAUAGCAAAAUCGAUGUAUCUAGAAAAGCCAAAACGACUAAUAAUUUAGGAUGGAGAGAGUAGGCGAGACUCUGCACAACAUAUUUCGAAAUUGGAACUAGAUAUAUUGCCAUGACGAAUAGCAUCUGUCAUAAUUGAGUUUUGAUUAUUAAAUC